CGGUGCCGGGCAGGCGGAAGCGGGGUGAGGGGGGGGCUGGCAUGGCGGGGUCAGAGUGGGCCCCGCCGCGCCUGGACGAGUUCAUCCUCACCGAGCGCCUCGGCGCCGGCACCUACGCGACCGUCUACAAGGCCUACAGGAAGCGGGACACGCGGGAGGUGGUGGCCAUCAAGUGUGUGAACAAGAGGAGCCUCAACCGGGCAUCGGUGGAGAACCUGCUGACUGAGAUCGAGAUCCUGAAGACUAUCCACCACCCACAUAUCGUGGAGCUCAAGGACUUCCAGUGGGACAGUGACCACAUCUACCUUAUCAUGGAGUUUUGUGCUGGUGGAGAUCUCUCCCGCUUCAUCCGGAUGCGUAGGAUGCUCCCUGAGAAGGUGGCACGCAUCUUCCUGCAGCAGCUUGCCUGCGCCCUGAAGUUUCUCCAUGACCACAACAUCUCCCACCUGGACCUUAAGCCGCAGAACAUCCUCCUGAGCGCCCUGGAGAACCCCCAGCUGAAGCUGGCAGAUUUUGGAUUUGCACAGCACAUGUCGCCGUGGGACGAGAAGCACGUUCUGCGGGGCUCCCCGCUCUACAUGGCCCCCGAGAUGGUGUGCCGCCAGCACUACGAUGCCCGGGCAGACCUGUGGUCGGUGGGCGUCAUCCUUUAUGAAGCACUUUUUGGGAAGCCGCCCUUUGCUUCCCGCUCCUUCGCUGAGCUGGAGGAGAAGAUCCGCAGCGACCGGGCUGUCGAGCUUCCCAGUCGGCCCCUGCUCUCCCCAGAAUGCCGGGAUCUCUUAGGGCAGCUCUUGGAGAGGGACCCUUUGAAACGCAUCUCCUUCGAGUGCUUCUUUGCUCACCCCUUUGUGGAUAUGGAGCACGUCCCUGGCCCCGAGAGCCUCGCCAAGGCGACUGACCUGGUGGUGGAGGCGGUGAAGAAGGAUCAAGAAGGGGAUGCUUCUGCUGCUCUCUCUCUUUACUGCAAAGCCCUGGAGUAUUUUGUGCCGGCUCUGCACUAUGAAAGCGAUGCGCGACGGAAAGAAGCCAUUCGGGCCAAGGUGGGGCAAUACAUCUCUCGAGCAGAGGAGCUGAAGGCCUUGGUCACCUCCAGCAACAAGAACCUCCUGCAGCAAGGGAACCCGGCCAGAGAGCUCCUUAAAGAGAUGGCCAAGGACAAACCUCGGCUCUGUGCUGCGCUGGAAAUUGCCUCUGCUGCCAUUGCAAAGGAGGAAGAAGGCAAAGAUGAUAGGGACACCCUGGAGCUCUACCAGCAGAGCCUGGGCGAGCUGCUGCUGCUCCUGGCCGCGGAGCCUGUGGGGAGGCGGCGGGAACUGCUCCAUGCCGAGGUGAGUGCCAGCUGUGGGCACCAGUGGUGGUGUCCCUCUUGGCGUGGCUUUGGAGGGACUUUCCUCUCUCUCUCUCUCUCUCUCUCUCUCUGCCAGAUCCAGACCCUGAUGGCUCGAGCCGAGUACUUGAAAGAUCAGAUGAAGAUGCGGGAGGCACAGUCCAUGGGCAAGGCAGCAUUGGCAGAGCCUGUCCGGAGUGGUGAGUCUCCAUCUCCAUCCUGUCAGAGGGGGCUUGGAGAAGCAGUGUCCCCCAUCGUGGCUGUGGUCCUGCCGUGGGGAUCGUCCCUACAGCUGCUCCAGCCAUGGAGCUGUUCCAGCUCCUGUACCGUGCAGUGACGCCCGCGAGCUGGCCUGUGUGCCGCUGCCCUGGCACCGCCGUGGGAAGAGAUGCCCAGGUGAGGAAGGACAAGGCUCUCUUCCUGACGGCAUUGGGGUCACCACCUCAAGGGCUCACCCUGGUCCAGGGAUGUCUGCGGGGCCACCUGCCCCUCUUCCUGGCUACUGGUAUCGACUCAUUUCCCACCAGGGAAUUUCCCACCAGCCUGCUCCCAGCCUGGCCGACGCGGGCGGGUUAUUCCACUCUAAUUCCCUCUGCUGGCUGCCACGCACUGGGUAUUUUUAUCCUUGCGCCGGGCUCUGGCACAAUAUCCCUGCUGCCAGUCGCAUAUGGCUCCUGCCUUUUCGGCUGGAUGUCAAUUCGCAAUCUUUCUCGGGGAGCACUGAGCGCGUGCCCAGCCCGGACCCACCAAAUCCCACCGUUCACUGCAGGCUGGCUGUGCCGGCAGCGGGCAGGGGCUCCGGAAUGCUACCUGCCCUCCGCUGUGCCUUCCUCACCCAGUAACUACCUCUCUGCACGCAUCACGGUUCGCCCGGCCUCCGGCACCCAAUUGCACUGCCCUGACCCCCCUAAACCUCCCUUUUCCUGUGGGAGCAUCAAAAUUGAGGCUGUUGCUUCCUAAACUUGCCCGCACCGGAGCCUGGCAGGUACCAGCUGCCGCCGUCAUCUGUGUUACGAGGUGUUACCGUGCUCAGCAGGGGACUAAUGGGUUGUGCAAUUGUGGAGUAAAACAGGCGAGCAGGAAUCAAUCACCUUCAGGGACCAUCGCGCCGCUGCAAACAGCGAUACCUCCCUCAAGGCAGAGCCUGGCCAUCCCGCCUGCUCUGCUCCUCAGGGCUUGGACAACCCCAAUAUCCACAUUUAUAUUUCUGGAAGCACCCCCUGUCCUGCAGAAGUCACUUAUCCAGGGCAGUGAGGUCCUCCCGGUGCACAGAGCCAGGGACUUGUCCCGAUAUCUACUGGAUUUCAAGGGAAUGUAAUUUAUUGUCUGUAAUAAACACUUAUUUUGGUUUCUCCAGCUUCUCCCAUCUCGGGUUUGUGUUCAAAGACCCAGGAGGGUUUUCCAGC